GGACUUGGUCGCUACAGCCAUCUGCUCUCUCUUCCCUCCCUCUCCCACCCUCCUCCCUUUUCUUUUCUCCCCGCCUGCUGCGCAUUCCUUCCCUGGGACUUACUUGGUCUCUUCACUGCGUCCAACCUUACAUGCUCCCGUCAUGACAAGACCCACCACUUCAGCAGGCGGCAGGCCCUCCACCUCCGGACGACCGAACACCGCAAGACUAGAUACUGCAGACUACUUCGAUCGCGACCCCCAGUACACAUACUCAAUAGACGAGGGAGAUGAGUAUGAGGAAGAGUCUGAUGCAGAGGAUGUAUUUGCCUUUGCUCGCCCACCUACCGCCGUUACAACUCCUUCGCAACAUUCGCAGUACUCGCAGCCCUCAAACGUCAUAUAUCCUCCACAAGCAUUCCAUCCGGCCGCAACAUUCCACCAAAGUGUCUUGGAUACCCCAACAGCAGGUCCCUCUGGCUUGCACGCCCGCCAUGCGUAUCAAUACCCUCAAUCUCCCACAGUCGAGUCUCCGCCUUCUACAGAUUCCCAGGGUGCUGACGAUCCAUACCGUCUCAAACGGCUGACCUACAGCGCAAGCGUGCUCACCGGCGAUGGCAGUCGUGGCAGUCGUAGGUCCGGUAUGAGCAGCUCGAGAGAAGUGCACGUCUCGCUGCCGACCACUCGCGAAGAGCCGCUAGAAGAGACUGUGUCUGUCAAACUCAGACCUCCGUCUUCUGCGACUAGCUUCCCGUCUUUAGACAGUCGUGAUGGCUCGAUCAAAAUGGAGUUUGACUUUGACGCGAUCGAAGAAGAGGACAGCCCGUACCCAGAAGUGCGCGCUGCAGUGUCUAGCAUCGACGACCCCGAGAUGCCAGUGCUCACGUUCCGAAUGUGGGUAAUCGGCUUGUUCCUUACGCUCACCUCCUCUGCUGCCAAUGUCUUCUUCAACUUCCGGCAACCCGCACCUACCAUCGUCCCUUCCGUCUUGUUGCUGCUUGCCUAUCCGAUGGGCAAGUUUCUUGCGUUCUCGUUACCGAUAACGACAUACGUCGUACCAAAAUGGUUGACAUUUGGUAACGGACCCUACUCUUUCUCACUAAACCCGGGCCCGUGGAACAUUAAAGAGCACGCGCUGGUGUUCAUGAUGACCAAUGUUGGAACAACGUUUCCGUAUGCACUCCUCGCAGUCUCUGUUGCCCAGAAGAAUUACGGGGCAGAGGACUUCGGGUAUUCAUUUAGCGCGGUCUUGGUGCUUGCGACGCAAAUGACUGGUUUCGGAUUGGCAGGCUUGACAAGACGAUUCCUAAUCUGGCCGGCAAGUAUGCUGUGGCCGGAGAAUUUGGUGCUCUGUACUCUGCUGAACACCUUCCAUGCGGAGGAAGAUGCCGAUCGGGGCGGGUUGACUAGGUACAGGUAUUUCCUGUACGUCAGCGUGGCUGCGUUCUUCUGGUUCUUCCUGCCUGGCUACCUGUUCACUGCGCUGUCCUUCUUCAAUUGGGUUUGCUGGAUCGCGCCAAGGCACCAGGUGCUUAACCAGGUGUUUGGCGUUUACAACGGUCUCGGUUUCAGCGUCUUUACUUUUGAUUGGACCCAAAUCACUUGGAACAGCAACCCGCUUGUGGUGCCUUGGUGGGCUCAGGUACACACUUUCCUUGGUUUCGUCCUGUUCUACUGGGUAUUGGCUCCAGCGCUCUACUACACCAAUGUAUGGAAACUUGCGUACUUCCCCAUGCUCGCAAACGGGCCCUACGACCGACUGGGCAACCCCUACAACAUCACCCGGGUGCUUCGCGAAGACAGCACGUUCGACCCCGUCGCUUUUGAUAACUACUCCCCGCUCUACUUACCCGCUUCGUAUGCCAUAACCUAUCUCGUAGCGUUUGCCCUCUCGUCCUGCGUCGUUGUCCAUACGUUCUUAUAUCAUGGGAAAGCGAUCUGGAGAGGCUUGGGCUUUAACAAGAUCAAGUUGAACUGGGCCAGACGGAUGUUGGGGAAGAAAUUGGUGAGUGACAGCGAGGAGGAUGAACGUGGAGAUGACUGGGAAAAGGAUGAUAUCCACGCGAAGUUGAUGAGAGUGUAUCCGGAGGUGCCGAAUUGGUGGUACUGGGCAGUUUUCUUUGUUUUCUUCUCGCUUUGUGUGGUUGCGAUCGAGGUAUGGCACACGGGCUUACCGAUCUGGGGUCUCUUGCUUGCGAUGGGAAUCGUGGGGUUGUAUGUCGUACCUAGUGGGUUCAUCUAUGCGAUGACCAGUGAAACUCUGUCGACAAAUUUGCUUGCUCAAAUCAUUCCCGGUGUGGCUUUGCCAGGGAAGCCGAUUGCGAACAUGAUCUUCAAGGCGUUUGUGAUUCAGACGCUCUCGGAAGCAACGUCUUUCGCGCAGGAUCUUAAGCUGGGCCACUACAUCAAGGUUCCACCCCGAGCAACGUUCAUCGUUCAAAUUACGGCGACCCUGCUAGCGGGCUUUGUCCAAGUCGGCGUGAAGGAGGUUAUGUUCAAAUAUAUCCCGGAUAUCUGCACACCUCAGCAGCGGAGUUUUUUGACAUGUCCUGUGAACCAAGUAUACUACACUGCUUCCGCUGUCUGGGGUCUCAUCGGACCCAGUCGGCAAUUCGGCGUGACCUCGAUAUACCAUUCCCAGUUGUACGCUCUGAUAGUCGGCGCGUUCCUGCCGAUACCUUUUUGGUAUUGGCAACGAAAGUACCCGAACGGUUGGAACAAGUUCAUCAGUGUCCCCGUGUUCCUCAACGCUGUCACGUUCAUCCCGCCUGCGACCGGGAUCAACUUUUCCAGCGCUUUCCUUGUGGGCUUCAUCUUCCAGUACCUCUUGAGACGGAAGAACUUUGCGUGGUGGAGCAAGUUCAAUUAUGUCACGAGUGCGGCAUUGGAUAGCGGGACUCUUGUCUCGCUCUUGGUUAUUUUCUUCGCAUUCGAGGUGCCAAAAGGUGGAUUGACCGUUAGCUGGUGGGGAAACACCGUCUGGAGAAAUACAUUGGACUACAGGAAUGAAGGAGGCAUCCUCCCGAUACCACCGGAUGGCCUAUAACAAUGAUACCUCCCCUAUGCAUCUCAUACCCUGAUAUCCCAGAUAUUACUAAACUCAUUUGUCCCUCCCUUGUUACAAAAGAAUAUUCUCGACUUCUGCCUCGGUGUUGGUUCUCUCUUCUCUCUCAUCUCAAGUUGGUUAUCAAGCAACCCUAUUGUCUCAUUACUUUUCCGAUGUUAUAGAGUGCGGUUAAUCUACACAGCGGUUUGGCCUUUCCUCUCUCUCCCUCUCACCAUAUGCAUCAUAUAUUAUUUUCUUCAUUCCCUUCACCUGUCGGUUUAUCGGCGGAUUCACGUUAUAUCUUUCGGCCACUUUUUCCCCCCUUCUCGUCUGGCUCCUCCCCUCCCCUCUCUUUAACCAAGCCCCCCUUUUUUGCUCGCGCUUUAUUAUCCUACUCAGUCAUUCCUUUGUUCUGGUUCAGCAAGUCCCUUGUAGCUCUGGCGGUUCCUCUUUUUCCCUCUUAUCUCUCUCUUUUUCGGUUGUAGGUGGAUGUGGUAGCAAUGUAAUGCGCCUCGAAAGGUCGACCUGGAAGACGGGUUUGUUCGUCUCCCGUGAUGAUCUUGAGGCGCAGGUAGAAAGUCAAAAGCAAAUGUAUUCUCACUCGUUGUACUCGAGCAAUUGCGGACGGUGCUUCAAUUUGCGGUUCGAUUCUACAGGAGUUGCUAUU